UUUAAAGCCGCCGCCCAAGGAUGGUGUCACCAAAAGUAAUCCAUCGAAACGUCAUCGCGAACGCCUCAACGCCGAAUUGGACUUGUUGGCCUCGUUGCUGCCAUUCGAACAGAAUAUUCUCAGCAAAUUGGAUCGACUGAGCAUUUUAAGGCUGUCUGUUAGUUAUUUAAGAACAAAAAGUUACUUUCAAGUUGUUAUGCAUAAGGAUAAGGAGGAGAAUGGCAUGUUGCCACACAUACACACACACGCACACGAUGGCUAUCGAACGCGCGAAUUGGGCGCCUUUGAGCAUGGCCUACUCGACGGUGAUAUGUUCCUGCAGGCCUUAAAUGGAUUUCUAAUGAUACUGACAUGCGAAGGCGAGGUCUUCUUUGCAACGCACAGCAUCGAGAGCUAUUUGGGUUUUCAUCAGUCGGAUAUUGUGCAUCAGUCCGUUUACGAACUGGUCCAUUCCGAGGAUCGUGAAGAGCUGCAACGGCAGCUAUUGUGGAACUCCUUCCUGCCCGCCGAUAUGUCCACCAUUCAGUUGGCCGAUACGUUAGCGCCCGAUAAGGCGCUCUAUUUGGAGCGUAGCUUUACAGUGCGAUUUCGUUGCCUGCUCGAUAAUACUUCCGGUUUUCUGCGAUUGGACAUACGUGGACGUAUCAAAAUUCUGCAUGGCCAAAAUCGAAAGACAGAAGAACCUCCAUUGGCGCUAUUUGCCUACUGCACACCAUUCGGACCGCCAAGUCUGCUCGAGAUACCACACAAGGAGAAUAUGUUCAAAUCCAAGCAUAAAUUGGAUUUUUCGCUUGUCUCCAUGGAUCAACGCGGCAAGCACGUUUUGGGUUACUCAGAUGCGGAACUAGUCAAUAUGGGCGGCUAUGAUUUGGUGCAUUACGAUGAUCUGGCUUAUGUGGCUAGUGCGCAUCAGGAAUUACUAAAAACAGGCGCUUCCGGCAUGAUUGCAUAUCGUUAUCAAAAGAAGAGUGGUGAAUGGCAAUGGCUGCAAACAAGCUCCCGAUUGGUCUACAAAAACUCCAAACCAGACUUUGUGAUCUGCACACACCGGCAACUGAUGGACGAGGAGGGACACGAUUUGCUGGGCAAACGAACAAUGGACUUCAAAGUGAGCUAUUUGGAUACGGGACUUGCGUCCACAUACUUCUCAGAGGCAGAUCAGCUGGUGGUACCGCCAAGCACUUCACCAAAUGCGCUGCCACCGCCAGUCACACCUACGCGGCCAAAUCGACGCUAUAAAACGCAAUUACGUGAUUUUCUCUCCACCUGUCGUACGAAACGUAAAAUGCAACAACAACCACAACAAACAUCACCACUGGGGCAGGUCACCUCACCCGCGCCCGUUGUCGAAUACCUGCCCGAUCCCGCUGUGGCUGUCGCCGCCGCCUACUCCAAUCUCAAUCCCAUGUACACCACCUCGCCCUAUGCCACCGCCGCGGAUAACAUCUACAUGGGCACCUCAGUGCAUUCGACCAAUUUCUAUCCCGUGACCGAGAAUCUCUUCCAUCAAUAUCGACUGCAGGGCGUGAGCAGCUACUACACAGACUAUCAUCACUCCGGCGCGCCCGCCUCCGCCUAUGUGACCAAUGGCUUCCUGCCCUACGAUGGCUAUACGAUCGCGCCCAAGGACGACAAGUGGCAGGACACGGGGAAAUACUAUAGUGGCUAUAGUAGCGGGUAUGGCAGUCCCACAUCGACGCCACAGCAAGUUCCUCUGAAGACGCCAAAAUCCUCGCCGCACAUCAUGGAAGUGGUGUCAUGUUCAUCGGAUGGACCCUCGCCCAUAGAUGGCAGCGCCUCUGCUGCCGCCACCGCCGCUGCUGCUGCGGCUGCUGCAUCUGCGCAUGCGGCCAGUGUGAGUGGCAAUACGAGCGCGACAACUAACGGUAGCGGUGGCGGUGGUGGCGGCACAACAAUUCCAAAAAUCGAACCCUAUGAGCGACAGACGGUGCUGAUGUGGGGCUCGCAGUCCAGUGGCAUACCGAUCAACAGCAUAAGCGGUGGCAGCGAUAGGCAUCAUCACAGCAACAGCGAGCGUUCGCCGCAGAGUACGCCACUCGCAAAUGGGCUCAGCUAUGCCAAUAACAACAACAACGAAAAUGAGGUGGUGAGCGCAAAGUGGAAUGGCAGCGCGAGCGCAAAAGAGGCCAAAAACGCGGUCACGCCCGACAACUAUCAGCUGCAGCAUGAUGACUCGGGUCUAUAUUCUUCUUCCUCGCACACAACUUCGCCGCAGCAGCAGCAACAGCAUCAACAGCAACAGGUGCCGCCUCCAACUCAACAACAACAACAACAACCUGCACAAUCAACACAACACGCCAGCGGCAAUUCGGUGGCUGAGCAACAACUUUCUAAUACCACUGCCCCACAUUUGGUGGCGCUCCCGCAUACGCAACAACAGCACUUGCACACCCACGCGCACAGUCACGGCCAUAGCCAUAUGCAACAUCCUGGCGGCGGCGGCGGCGGCAGCGGUGUUGGUGUUAACGCGCCCACUGCCGCUUCUGCCAUCGUACCGCUGCACGCUGUGCACUCAGCGCGUUCAGACACAGGCUCAGCGCCAACACCUGCCUCAGCGGCUGCAGUAGCAGCGGCGGCGGCAGCAGCGGCAGCUGCCUCAGCAGCACAACAACACGCAGCACAUUCACAGCACGCAGCGGCGGCGGCAGCUCACCAUCAUCACGCCCAUGCGCACGCUCAUACGCAUGCCGCUCAUGCUGCCCAUGCGGCUCACGCGCACUCCCAUUCUCAUCCCCAUCAUCCGCAUCAUCAUCAUCACGCGCAUGCGCAUGCGCACGCCCACGCUGCUCAUGUUGCCGCAAAUGGCAACGAGAUCCUACUUAGCCAUCAACAACAGCAGCAACAACUGGAGCAGCAGCAGCAACAGCAGCUGGAACUGCAACAAAUCAGCUAUGCCAAUCAGAUACAAACACUCCCCGGUUGCAACUCCAACGCCUCGUCUAGCUCAUCGCCCACAUGCCACUCGCCCAAUGGAGGUGGAAGUAACGGAGUUGCUGCCGCCACCGCUGCCACUGAGCACAUAGCUCUGUUAAAUGGCAGCGAUGCCGAUAUCGCAGGGGCAGUUGCCGUUAGUGCCGCCGCUACAGCUGCCUAUCAUCAUCACCAUCAGCUGACAAUCAUAGCGCCAAUAGUUAUUACACCAGCGUCAAUGAUGAAUGGCGAUGGUGCGCUACCAAUGAGCACAACGCUGCAGCCAAUACAUGCCAGCGAAGCGAUCACCACAACAUCAGCAUCGGCGCUCAAUGGCAUCGAUGUGAGUAGCGGUGCGCUAAGGCACAAUCUGACGCAUCAUCCAUCCAUAGCGCAGCAUCCAUCUGCACAUCUAUUGUCACAUACAGCGCUAGCCUAUGCGCCGAACGCUGCCGCUACAGCGACAUACUUGAUUAGUGGCAGCAGCGGCAGCGGCAGCGGCAGCGGCAUCAGUGAGCCGAUAAUAGCAAAUGGAAAUCCACUUUGCUCCUUCUCGGAGGUGACUAAUACGCUGCUGAAUCAGUAAGUACUACUCGGAAGGUGGUGCAUAGAGAAGGCGUUGAAAAUAUUAGGUAAUUGCCAACUGUCUACAAACAUGUGUGAAUAUGCAUAUAACUACGUAGGUACAUAUGUAUGUAUAUGUAGCUUAGGUUUGUCUGAUUAAAUGUUAUCAAUUUUAGAUUUUUAAUUUAUUUAAAUAUUCUUUAUACAUAUGUAUGUAUGUAGAUAGGCUGUCUUAAAAUUUCAAAUUUAGUCUUGAGCUUUCAGUCUCUUCUUAUCCUCAAAAUAAAUUUAAUCAAAAAUCAAUAAAAAAUUAUUUGACAAAUUUGACUAUCAUAAGCUUAUCGUAACAAUACGGCAUCCGCACAUUUACCAGUUUUAACAACUUUUUU